GCGCUGAGAGCAAAACCUUCUUCAUCUUCGUUUCGCCGACCGUUCCUCAAUCCUCUUGCUCACGCGUGUGUGUGUGUGUGUAUACAUAUAUAUACACUCUGUUUCUGCUUUCGCCUUUUCAGUUUCAUCAAAAAAAUCGAAACAAAAAAACACUGUGAACAUCUCCGAAGCAUGCCAGGGUUAACGUGCAACGCUUGCAACACGGAAUUCAAAGAUGACACUGAGCAAAAGCUCCAUUACAAGUCCGAGUGGCACCGCUACAAUCUCAAACGCAAGGUGGCUGGUGUUCCUGGGGUGACAGAAGCACUAUUUCUGGCUAGGCAAUCUGUGAUUGCUCAAGAGAAGAAUAAAGUGAGUGAGACCCCAAUGCUGUAUACCUGCGGUCUUUGUGGAAAGGAUUAUAAAAGUUCUAAAGCUCAUGCUGAGCACCUUAAAUCACGUGGUCAUAUGAUGCGGGCCUCUGAAGGAGCUAGUGAUGCAGAUGAGAAGGCAAUAAUUAAGCCACUUCCACAACGUGUUGUGAAUAGACCUCCUCCUAGAAGAGAGGUAGAUAACUCUGAAAAUGAAGAAAGUGAAGAUGAAUGGGAGGAGGUUGAUCCUGAAGAUGAUUUGGUUGAUGGGGCUGCAAAGUCCUUGACUGGUUUGAAUGUGAAUGAGCAAGGUGAAAAUGUUGAUAUGGAUGAAGAUGAAGAUGACAAUGAUGAGGAUGACUUUGAGUUAGAUCCCUCAUGUUGCUUUAUGUGUGAUCAAAAGCACAAAACAAUUGAAGACUGCAUGGUUCACAUGCACAAGCAUCACGGAUUCUUCAUUCCAGAUGUUGAGUAUUUGAAGGAUCCAAAAGGCCUCCUCACAUAUCUUGGCCUUAGGGUCAAAAGGGACUACGAGUGUCUGUACUGCAAUGAUCGAUGUUAUCCUUUCAGCAGCUUAGAAGCAGUCAGGAAACAUAUGGCAGCAAAAAGCCAUUGUAAAGUGCACUUUGGUGAUGGUGAUGAUGAGGAAGAGGUAGAGUUAGAAGAGUUCUAUGACUACAGCAGUAGUUAUGUGGAUGAUCAGGGCAAGCAGCUCAUUGUAUCUGGUGAAACAGCUAACAAUGUAGAACUUGUUGGUGGGUCUGAGCUCGUAAUCACCAGGAAAUCUGGUGAUAGAAUAUCAACCAGAACACUUGGUUCUCGUGAAUUUUUGCGUUACUAUCGUCAGAAACCCCGACCAUCACCAGCAAAUAGUAUGGCCAUUACUGCUGCGUUGGCUUCAAGGUACAGGAGCAUGGGUUUGACCACUGUCCAAUCAAGGGAGCAAAUUGUGAGGAUGAAAGUGCUGAAGGAAAUGAAUAGGUCAGGUGUGGAGAAUAUGCGUUCCAAGAUAGCAAUGAAGAGUAAUGUUAUCCGAAACCUGCCAAAUAAUGUCCCAUAUUAGGAGCCAUUGCUACCAGUUUUCUUUCUGAAGCAGUUUUAAAUUUAUUGAUCUCAUGAAUCAUCCACAACGAAUCCAAAGAAACUAGAGUGAUUUGAUGUCUUCUAAAGAGAAACAGGAGCUACUCUACAUGUUUUUUUUGUUGAUGUUUUCAUCAACAUCUGGACCAUAAGGACACCUUUAAUUGGUGUUAUUUUUAGUUUGGGGGUUAUAAUAUCAUUUCAAGGAAACAGUUUAUUGGUGAUAUUUGUAGCCAUGAAAACAAUUGGACCAUAUUGAGUGGUAUUCCUGUUGGAGUUGCAAUUUUCAAUUUUGAUGGUUGUUUACUUCUC